AUUUAAUCCACGCUUGCGCCGAGCCCGAUGUUUCGUUCCGAUGUGUAACCUCAACGAGGCGCGAAUCACGCAGAAAAUCCUUCUGCACAAUCCAUAAUAUCCAUAUUCACACACAAAAUUCGUAUUUUCAAAUGCACACGGGAUCACGCGAUACGCAUGCUAUGGGAGAGCAAUCCAGAAGGAUGGUAAUGGAGGAGCGCGUCAUAGAUCAUUCGACAACAUCAAAACAACAAUACUCGGCAAUCGGAAAAUAGUAUUUUUAGGAUAGCAAGGAUCGUGAAAUUAUCAGAGUUGUAGUCGUUCCACUGUUCGUUCCGAAGGCAAUCGCAUCCAUCCGACGAAUAAAAUCACCAGGUGGGCAAUCGUUGCUUUUUUGUUUAUAGAGCCAAUCCGAUAAUAUGACGACCGCAGGAACGAUCCUCGCUCAGUUCACCUCCAGAUUCUUUCAAAAGCAUAUCAAAGUUUCUGCAUUUGUGAAUAACCUCUUCUUAGCUAGAUAUAGCAGCAACAUGGCAACCAAAUUAUUGGAUAUCGAUACGCCUGUAAUCCCGUUGAACGAGGGAAAACGUUUCAUCGUGGAUUGCAUGGUAGCAGUUGGGACUCCCAAGAAUCACGCGGAUGCUCUUGCCAACCUCCUGAUUGAGGCGGAUUAUCGUGGUCAUUACAGCCACGGAAUGAACCGUUUGGAAAUUUAUGUGAACGAUAUUAAUGCUGGAGUUUGUGAUGCUAGAGCUUCUCCGACGAUUCUCAAGGAAAGUCCAGCCACGGCCUGGGUUGAUGGUAACAACGGUUUGGGUGCGGUCGUGGGUAACUUUUGCAUGGAUCUGGCGAUGAAGAAGGCCAAGGAGGUAGGCAUCGGAUGGGUUUCGUGCAAAGGUUCAAACCAUUACGGGAUAGCUGGGAUGUACUCCCUUCAAGCCAUAAACAAUGGACUUCUGGGCAUGUCUUUCACGAACACUUCGCCAUUCAUGGCGCCAACGCGGAGCAAGGAAGCUGUAUUGGGAACGAAUCCCAUCUCACUUGGAGCCCCGGCCAAGGACGGAGACAGCUUCGUCUUGGAUAUGGCAACAACUGCUGUUGCAGUUGGAAAGGUUGAAAUUCAAAGACGUAAGAACGAACCGAUCCCGGAAGGAUGGGCGCUCGGACCGUCCGGUUCGACAAUAACGGAUGCACAGAUGGCCUGCGAUAACGGAUGUUUGAUGCCCUUAGGUGGCAAGGAAAUUAAUUCUGGAUACAAAGGAUUCGGCCUGGGUAUGCUCGUCGAGAUCUUCUGCGGCAUCCUAGGCGGAUCCACCUACGGUCCAAACAUCCGAAAAUGGGGCAACACGUCGAGAGUGGCCGAUCUGGGACAGUGCUUCAUCGCGAUCGAUCCGAACUGUUUCGCUCCAGGCUUCGAAAUCAGGAUGUCGGACCUCAUGAAUUACAUAAGGAAUCUGACGCCGGCCGAAGUUGAUAAACCGGUGCUUGUUGCCGGAGAUCCGGAGAGGCUACAUAUGGAAGCCGUCGAUAAGUUCGGAGGCGUAAGGUACUUACCCAAUCAACACGAGAGUUGCAACCGAUUAUCCAAAGAAUUGAAUGUCAAACCGCUCGUAGCAUUAAAAUGAUUCGGUAAACAUUCGAUUUUACAUACAUUCCUUCGUUAUUUGUUGUAAAUCAAAAUGUAAAAUAGAUUUUCCGCUUUUA